AUGGAUGGGUCAUCAGCGGUGUACAGUUUUAAUGCCUUCGACGAGAAAUACGCUUUCAAUGAUGACGGCUUCUUUACGUACAGUAGUACGGAACAGAAGCGAGUUGAAGAACUUGCCAGAGAUCAGGCUAGAAAAUUCAUCGACGCUUAUUUGGAUAGUGUGGAUGAGGAUUCAGAUUAUGCGCCAACAUUGUAUAGGACGCUUCACACUAGACUGGUUUAUCGGUCUUUAAAAAAAUUGGGGAGAUCGUGCUCGCAUCUGGAUGCAUCGCGACCAUGGUUUUGUUAUUGGGGAAUGCACAGUUUAAGGCUUUUGGAAGCAUCACUUGAUGAAAACCUAACUUCCAGCAUCGUUCGAUUUUUGAAGACCUGUGAAUGGCCUACUGGUGGUCCAGGGCAGUAUCCACAUUUAGCAACAACCUAUGGUGCAAUAAUGGCACUAGUAAGCAUUGGUACAGAUGAAGCGCUUGCAAGUAUCGACAGGAAAACUCUGAAAGUUUUUCUACACUCUGUAAAACGCCCAGAUGGUGGGUUCGCAUUACAUAUUGGCGGUGAAGCUGAUAUGCGAGGAUCGUACUGUGCUCUUGCUGUUGCUUCUAUUACGAAUAUUUUAGAUGAUCAGCUAAGGAAAGAUGCAGAUAGUUGGGUUAUCAGCUGUCAAACAUAUGAAGGUGGUUUUGGUGGCGAGCGCUGCUGUGAAGCGCAUGGCGGUUACACGUUUUGUGGUGUGGCCGCAUUAAUGCUACUGGGAAAAAGUGCAUUAAUUCAUGCAUCAUCACUGUAUAGAUGGCUUGCGAAUAAACAAAUGAAAUUUGAAGGGGGAUUUCAAGGUAGAACAAAUAAAUUGGUUGACGGUUGUUAUAGUUUUUGGCUAGCUGCUGUAUUUCCAAUAUUAGAAGUUGCCCAACUUGCUAUGGGGAACAAAAUCUCAUCAUCGUUUGAUGGAAAGGCGUUACAGGAAUACAUUCUAGUUGCUUGCCAAGAUGUCGAAAAUGGUGGUUUACGGGAUAAACCAGACAAGUCGAGCGAUUUAUACCACACGUGUUACGUUUUGAGUGGGCUUUCUAUUGCACAAUAUUAUACAACGGACGCUAUUGUUGGUGGAGAAAUUAAUCGUUUGGCAAGGUUAUCGCCAGUUUAUAACAUAUGCGAGAAUGCCGAAAGGAAGGCACGAGAAUAUUUUGGAAAAUCAAAAGUAAUUUGA